CUGGAGAACAUCUAUAAUAGUCUUCUGAACAUCAAACUUUUUCAAGGAUUUCUGAGGGAACCAAAUAUUUACUUACAUCAUGACUUAAUCUGAAUGCAAGAACAAGAAAUCGGUCUUAUCUUUCAAUAUAAUGAAGGGCUGUGUAUAAACACGGACCCUGACUCAAUUCUAAUGAAUAUUUUAGACAUGAGUUUACAUCGACAAAUGGGUUCCGAUCGAGAUCUUCAGUCUUCUGCUUCGUCAGUGAGCUUGCCUUCUGUCAAAAAGGCACCUAAGAAAAGAAGGAUUUCAAUAGGCUCUCUGUUUCGGAGGAAAAAGGAUAACAAACGUAAAUCAAGGGAGCUAAAUGGCGGGGUGGAUGGAAUUGCGAGUAUCGAAAGCAUACAUUCUGAAAUGUGUGCUGAUAAGAACUCCGUUUUCUCUACAAAUACCUCCUCUGACAAUGGGUUGUCUUCCAUCAGCAAACAAGUUGGAGACUUCAUAGAGUGCCCUUUGUGCCUUUUGCGGCAUUCUAAGGACAGAUUUCCUGAGAUUAUGACUUGCCACCAUAGAUCUUGUGUGGAUUGCUCACGACAGUAUCUAAGGAUUGAAAUCUCUGAAAGCAGAGUUAAUAUCAGCUGCCCAGAAUGUACUGAACGCUUUAAUCCCCACGAUAUUCGCUUAAUAUUAAGUGAUGAUGUCUUGAUGGAAAAAUAUGAAGAAUUUAUGCUUAGACGGUGGCUUGUGGCAGAUCCUGAUUGUAGGUGGUGUCCAGCUCCAGACUGUGGGUAUGCUGUGAUAGCGUUCGGAUGUGCGAGCUGUCCCAAAUUAACCUGUGGGCGCGAAGGCUGUGGCACUGAGUUUUGCUACCACUGUAAACAGAUUUGGCACCCCAACCAGACCUGCGAUGCUGCUCGGCAAGAGAGAGCCCAGAGUUUACGUCUCCGGACUAUUCGCUCUUCGUCCAUCAGUUACAGUCAGGAGUCUGCUGCGGCAGCUGAUGAUAUCAAACCAUGUCCACGCUGCGCCGCUUACAUAAUAAAGAUGAACGAUGGCAGCUGUAAUCACAUGACUUGUGCCGUCUGCGGUUGUGAAUUUUGUUGGUUGUGCAUGAAAGAAAUCUCAGAUUUGCAUCUAAGUCCAUCAGGAUGUACUUUCUGGGGGAAGAAACCUUGGAGCAGAAAGAAGAAGAUAUUGUGGCAGCUGGGAACCCUUGUUGGCGCUCCCGUAGGAAUUGCUUUAAUCGCUGGCAUUCCUAUCCCUGCAAUGAUCAUUGGCAUUCCUGUGUAUGUGGGCCGGAAGAUUCAUAAUCGAUAUGAAGGCAAGGAUAUUUCCAAGCACAAACGGAAUUUGGCCAUAGCUGGUGGCGUGACAUUGUCUGUAAUUGUAUCUCCAGUUGUCGCUGCAGUGACUGUAGGUAUCGGUGUCCCUAUUAUGUUAGCUUAUGUUUAUGGCGUCGUUCCAAUUUCUCUCUGUCGAAGUGGAGGUUGUGGAGUCUCAGCAGGCAAUGGGAAAGGAGUCAGGAUUGAAUUUGAUGAUGAAAAUGAUAUCAAUGUUGGUGGAACUAACACAGCUGUAGAUACAACUUCCGUAGCAGAAGCAAGACACAACCCGAGCAUAGGGGAGGGGAGUGUCGGUGGUCUCACUGGCAGCCUGAGCGCCAGUGGGAGCCACAUGGACCGCAUUGGGGCCAUCCGUGACAACCUGAGUGAAACGGCCAGCACCAUGGCCCUAGCCGGGGCCAGCAUCACAGGCAGUCUGUCUGGAAGUGCCAUGGUGAACUGCUUCAACAGGUUGGAGGUGCAAGCAGACGUACAGAAAGAACGUUCUAGUCUAAGUGGAGAAUCUGGCACUGUCAGCCUGGGGACAGUUAGUGAUAAUGCCAGCACCAAAGCAAUGGCAGGAUCCAUUCUGAAUUCCUACAUCCCUUUGGACAAAGACGGCAGCAGUGUGGAGGUGCAAGUGGACAUUGAGUCCAAGCCGUCCAAGUUCAGGCACAGCAGCGGGAGCAGCAGCGUGGAGGACGGCAGGUCCCGGAGUCAUGCGGCCGGCUCCGCCAGCGGCCUGCCUGAGGGGAAGUCCGGCGCCCCCAAGUGGUCCAAAGAAGCUCCGGCGGGAAAGAAGCCCAAAAGUGGCAAACUGAGGAAGAAGAGCACCAUGAAGAUAAACGAGACCCGCGAGGACAUGGACGCGCAGCUGCUCGAGCAGCAGAGCACGAACUCCAGUGAGUUUGAGGCGCCGUCCCUCAGCGACAGCGUGCCCUCCGUGGCCGAGUCCCACUCGAGCCAUUUUUCUGAGUUCAGCUGCUCUGACCUGGAAAGCAUGAAAACGUCCUGUAGCCACGGGUCCAGUGACUACCAUGCUCGCUUUGCCACCGUCAGCAUUCUUCCCGAGGUGGAGAACGACCGACUGGAAAACUCCCCACACCAGUGUAGCAUUUCUGUGCUCACCAAGACGGCCUCGUGUCCAGACGGCCCACAGUCGGCUCACAGUGCUGAGGAGCACGGCAGCAGCGGGAUGAAACCCAAGGUGGACUUGUACUUUGGGGAUGAACUCAAAGAAACCAAUAACAACCACUCACACCAGACAGUGGAGUUAAAAGUUGCAAUUCAGACUGAAAUCUAGGCCUCUAAAUGCUGCAAAAAUCAUUACCACUGAACAACCUUGUUCGGGGCUCGUCGAACUAUAUGUGACAACUCUUAAGUUUUAAGUUACCAGCAAAUGCCGGGUUACAUGAUGCUCAUGCAGAUCCUUUUUCUGUGUUCAGCAAAGCAUUGUCUUUCACGUGGAUCUUAAAUUACCUGACCCUGAAAAGAAGGCUUUAAAAAUGUACUCUUGUAAGGACAAAAGAUCUGCAAAGAAGUUCUAUGUUUUGUGAAUUUGCCACAAAGCAUUGCUUGAAGCACAUACUUGUAUAUUUAGAUAGAAUUUGGCUUAAUUUAUACUCCAUAUAAAAUACUAAUGCAGCAUUCUGGUGGAGAAAACUUGAGACUUAGGGAGAAGUGGUUAGUGACAUUUUAUUGAAACCACUAUAGGUACUGUUUAUAGGAUACUUGCCAGGUUACCCUCAGUAUAUGAUAUUCUUUGUAAUGUUUCUAUAACUCAGCAUAAAAUUCAUUUCUUCAUACAUGUGGAUAUAUAAAGCUUCGCAGCCCAUUUGCUACCAUUUGGAUACUUGGACACUUUGAGCAAGAUUGUGGCAGUUUUUGCACAACUUUGAAAUAGAAAUAUCUGGUACUCUAUUUAUCUUGUGUGUGGUUGAUGCCAUCAGUAGAAGAAAAGUAUAAAAGUAAGUAGUGAAGUAUAUUGACAGCACCAAAUGAGAUACAUAAAACUGCAAAAUAAAAUUUCAUUUGUAAGUAUUACAGAAAAAACACCUUCCACUAAGGGGCCUCUCUGCCCC